UUUUUGUCUAUAAAUUUUUUUCAACUGUUUCAAAUAAAAAAAAUUUUAAAUAUAGUUAUGAUUACAGAUAGAAGAUCUUAGUUUAUCGACUAUUUAUAUCUUCAAAAUGUUUUUUUUCUUUUGGAUAUUUUCAUUAAUGUUGAGUAAGUGAACUUGUUGGUAUAUGUAAAGAAUCCCAAUAAUAUGACUCUGCUAAAAUUUUAUAAAACAGUGCUUAACUAUUUUUAAUUUGUUAGAAACUAUCAUUUGCAAUGCAAUCUCAAAAGGUAUGAGAUAAUUUGAUUGUAAUGAAGUAUGUUAAGGUUGCUAUGAGUACCAAGAUGGAUAUCUUGGUAUGUUCUCAAGUAAAAACUAUCCCAAUAAAUAUGAGAAUAAUGCAUUUUGUGAGUGGAAAUUAACUUCUCCUAAUUCAACUGUAAUUCAGCUUCGGUUUACUGAUUUUGAGCUGGAGAAAAGUUCUGGUUGUCGUUAUGACUUUUUGGAAAUUUAUAAUGAAAAUCCUAUAAAUUUUUCUCUCAUUGGUCGUUUUUGUGGAAAUGAAAUACCUGAUGUAAUUAUCAGCUCAUCAAACUCAAUUUAUUUACGUUUUCAAACAGAUAAACAUGAUGUUAAAAGAGGUUUUGAAGCAACAUGGAUUGCUGUCAGUAAAAAUCAUUUUGAAGAAAGUUAUAUUUCUAAAAGACAUGUUAAUACUGAAAAAGAUAAAUGCGGUGGUAUACGAAAUUCAAAUGAAGGUAGUAUAACAUCUCCAAAUUUUCCUAACAAUUAUCCAGCUUCAUCACAUUGUGUUUGGAUUUUGGAAUCAAAUCAAUCAAGCAAAAUAGUUCUAAACUUUAAAAGUUUUGAUCUAGAAAAGCAUAUUGAAUGCAGGUAUGACUAUGUUGUAGUUAAAGAUGGCCGAACCAGAAAUGCUAAGGUAAUUGGCCAGUAUUGUGGGAGUAGAAUUCCUCAAGAAAUAAGUACUAAUGGCUCAGCUCUUUACAUUGAGUUUGUUUCAGAUACUUCUACACAAAAUAAAGGAUUUGAAGCUGCUUGGAAAAUGAUUCCUCCUCCACCUAUAUCUACUCUUCAAAGAUGUGGUGCAAUUUUAAAUGGAGAAACUGGAGUUUUAAUUUCCCCAGAAUAUCCAAAUGGUUUUCAAAACAAAGACUUGUGCACUUGGAUAAUUAAUGUUCCUGAGAGUGGACAAGUUGAGCUCAUUUUUGAGGACUUUCAUGUUGAUGUUGAGCACACUGGAUGUAGUAAGGCGUAUGUGCAGUUGCAUGAUGGGCAUUUAGGACAAAAACUUGGUUUAUUUUGUGGUACAUAUUUACCUAAAUCCGUUCUUUCAAAAACAAACUCUAUGACUGUUGUGUUUUUAUCAGACGGGGUUAAAGCCAGUCGUGGUUUUCGUGCUAGAUGGGUUACUACAUAUCCUAGACGUAUUUUCAUAAAUCCAUCUGACCAAGAUACUGCAUGCAGUGAGCUUGUAAAGCCAACAGGAUAUAUAAAUGUUAUUAAACCUAAAAAUUGUACAUGGAAUAUAACUGUUCCUGUUAAAAAGCUUGUUGAGAUCUUUAUUAUUAACAUUGAUAUGGCUGAUGAUCCAGAUUGUCACAGUGAAAGGAUAGAAGUUAGAGAUUAUGUAAAUGCACCACUUUUAUUUCGAACAUGUGGACAGCUAAAGUCUAAACCUAUAUUAACUAGUUCAAAUACUGCAUUUAUUCAACAUAUGGUUUUGAACACAUCAAGAUUAUCAUUUUUAAAAUUAUUCUGGCAAGCAGUAGAUAUAACCAACAGUAUACAUUUACAGAGAUAUGACAAUUGUGCUUCAAUGCCUUUGGAAUCUGUUAAGUUGCCGAUAUUUGAUGGAAUGAGUAGUCCUUCUAAAUUUCCUUGGGUAGCAGCUGUUAUAGGCAUGUAUGGGCGUAUCCACUGUGCUGGAGCAAUUUUGUCACCUGAAUGGGUAUUAACAGCUGCUCACUGUUUUCAAAGGUUACCGUUGCGUUUGGUUUGGCGGAUUAGAGCAGGUGAUUAUGAUUUAAUGAAGGAUGAUGGCUUUGAACAGGAUCGUGCCAUAAAAAACAUUUUUAUUCAUCCAAACUAUGGAUUUAUUACGCACGAUAACGAUAUUGCUCUAUUACAAUUAGAAGAACGUUUAUACUUCAAUGACAGAGUAAGCAAUGUUUGUUUGCCAUCAGAAAAUACUGAGUUGCCUAUUGGUAAAAAAUGUUCCGUUGCAGGCUGGGGUGCGAGAAAAUUUUUGAGACAACCGGAAGGUUUGUUAGCCCAUGUUGAACCAAAAAUUGUCUCACAAAAUGAAUGCAACAGUUUAAAGGCCUACAAUAAAAGAGUAACGGACAGAAUGUUUUGCGCCGGUGAUGAUGGUGUAGAUAGUUGCCAAGGAGAUGGUGGUAGUCCUAUAAUAUGCAUUGAUCAAAAUCAUUCUUUUGCUUUUGGAUUAGCAAGCUGGGGUAAUGGUUGCGCGUUUCCUGGAAAGUAUGGUGUUUAUACAGACGUGCGGAAAUUCAGACAGUGGAUUGAUGACACAAUAGAAUUAAACUAAAUUAUGAAUUAAACUCUACCUUAAGUUUAUUGUUAAUUGAAAUUCAAAAGUUUUAAAUUUUAGUCUGGUUAUUUGUUGCUAGGAUCUAGGUGAUUGUUUACUAACUUUAUUUUCACUGUUACUUUUAAUUUUAUUUGUGUUGCGCGAUAAACUAUCUGUUUUAUAUGAACAUUUCUUUUUGUUUUUAAUGUUUCAUAAAAAAAGGAAAAUUGAGUUAUUAUUUUUUUAAUUGUAUACUUUUUGAAUAUAUUUUAUUACCUAUUUAUUUUUGUUAUUUUUGUAAUUGUUUGUAAUUAUUAUUAUGCGAGUUCUAAUCUCGAAUGGA